ACCACAACCAAUAGAGCACUGGAUUUCUAUGACGACCCCAAGUGUAAUAUGUAUAACGGGACGGACGGCACAACUAUGGGCUCGUUUCUAACUAAAGAGGACACGUUGUAUGUGUUCAAUGGCGACGCCUGCAGAUCAUUAAACGCCAAAUACAAGGAGCUGUCCAACGUUAAGGGUAUACCCGCGUGGCGUUUCAUACUACCGGCCUCGAUGUUCGCCUCGCCCACCAAGAAUCCGGCCAACAAGUGCUUCUGUCAGACACCCGACGACCCGGACAUGUGUGACGGCAUAUUUGACCUUGGUCCGUGCCAGAUGGGCGCCCCGCUUGCAUUUUCAUUCCCCCACUUCAUGCACGCCGGCCCUCGCAUUACGGCCAAUGUUGAGGGAAUGCAUCCCGACGUUGAAAAACACGAGUCCUUCUUCGAUGUCGAACCGACAAUCGGAGCGCCGAUGAGAGCCGCCGGUAGACUACAAGUCAAUGUAUUGAUGAAACCCAAUCGGCUAUUAGCUGGUUUUGGUGGCGUUAGAGAAGCUGUCGUUCCCUUUGUUUGGAUCGAAGAGUCGGCAGAGGUGGCAGGUCAAUUUGAAUGGAUGCUGAAGGGGGCCAUAUUUCCAAUGCUGGCCAUCGAUUACGGCUCGUUCUUCGCUAUGUUGGGAGGGAUGGGUCUUCUCGGCUAUACCGGUGUUUACGCGUUCAAUAGGAGAAAAAUUUUAAAUCCACCCAAGCAAGAAAAACCGCCAGUUGUGACGGCAGACCCGUACCAAAUGGACACACAGACGAAGAAUAUGUAUCCCAAUCCGUAUACCGUUAGCGGAAGGAUUGUCGAGAACGGGAAGGGAACGGGAAAUGAUAGCGCCUGGACGGGUGCCGAUCCACCCGUGUAUGCGAUUAGUCAACAACAGUAUAAUCAAAGUCAAAACUCCGGGACACAAACUUCACCCAUCAAUGCAAACGCUAACCCAAAGCUACAGCGGGUCACGUGGUCUCCACCCGGCUCUGCCGAGGCCUACCCUAUGGAAUAGGCUCCGG